UAGCAGCCCAUAGGACCGGGCCACCAGCACCGACAGAGCACACUCUUUCUUUAGUGCAGUUUUCUUUUUUACUAGUUUAACCGUUUUGAUUUGUAGUUGUGGGCGUUGGCGUGACACGAAGAGUCGGUCGGUCGUGUGAUGCUACGGGUGGACGUACCAGCACUAGAGGAUCGACCAGGAACACCAAGGGAUAGGAGAGGGCCGCUGUAAGGAAGCCAAAAUGUCGUGGGUGCCGACCGGUUAGCAGUAACCUCGGCCUAGCGAUCUAAGCACAAUGCUCUCCCCGGGAGAGGGGGGUUGCCUUGCCUAGCACAGCAGACAAUGUCUAUCGCCUCGGAGGACGUAUCUGAGGAAGAACGUAGUCUUUUCCAGCCCUUCACUCGCGAGUCGCUCGCCGCCAUCGAGGCUCGCAUUGCUGCAGAACAUGCCAAACAGAAAGAAUUGGAGAAGAAAAGAGCUGAGGGAGAGGAUUUUGGACGGAAGAAAAAGAAAAAAGAAGUUCGGUAUGAGGACGAGGACGAAGAUGAAGGGCCUCAGCCCGACCCCAUGCUGGAGCAAGGGGCCCCCAUCCCUGUCAGGCUGCAUAGCAGCUUCCCCCCGGAACUGGCCUCCACUCCUCUCGAGGAUAUAGAUACUUUUUAUCACAAUCAGAGGACAUUCGUCGUCGUUAGUAAAGGCAAAGACAUUUUUCGAUUCAGUGCGACCGAUGCCCUCUGGAUGUUGGAUCCGUUCAAUCCAAUUCGAAGGGUAGCGAUCUAUAUCCUCGUACAUCCGUUGUUUUCUGUGUUCAUCAUCUGUACAAUUCUGCUCAACUGCAUCCUCAUGAUCAUGCCUACCACGCCUACAGUCGAGUCAACCGAAGUUAUCUUCACCGGCAUCUACACCUUUGAGUCUGCCGUGAAGGUGAUGGCUCGUGGAUUCAUACUCCAGCCGUUCACGUAUCUUAGAGACGCAUGGAACUGGCUCGACUUCGUAGUUAUAGCAUUAGCCUAUGUUACAAUGGGAAUAGAUCUCGGGAACUUGGCAGCGUUGAGAACUUUCCGAGUUCUGAGAGCACUCAAAACUGUCGCAAUCGUCCCAGGUCUGAAGACAAUCGUCGGUGCCGUCAUAGAAUCAGUGAAGAAUCUGCGAGAUGUGAUAAUUUUGACAAUGUUCUCGCUGUCGGUGUUUGCGCUAAUGGGGCUUCAAAUCUACAUGGGAGUUUUGACGCAGAAAUGCAUUAAAAACUUCCCUGAUGAUGGCUCCGCGGGCAACCUGUCGGACGACACCUGGUUUAGGUGGUGCAGUAACUCGAGCAAUUGGGAUGGAGAGGAUAAUGACUAUCCCUUGUGUGGAAAUGCAUCAGGAGCCGGCAUGUGUAAACCUGGCUACACAUGUAUACAAGGGUUUGGCAAAAACCCCAACUACGGAUAUACGAGUUUCGAUACCUUCGGUUGGGCUUUUCUGUCGGCCUUCAGGCUCAUGACGCAGGACUACUGGGAAAAUCUUUACCAGCUGGUGUUGAGAUCAGCGGGACCAUGGCACAUGUUAUUUUUUAUAGUUAUUAUCUUCUUGGGUUCAUUCUACCUAGUGAACUUGAUCUUGGCCAUUGUCGCUAUGUCGUACGAUGAACUCCAGAAGAAGGCGGAAGAGGAAGAAGCUGCGGAAGAAGAGGCGAUAAGAGAAGCAGAAGAAGCGGCUGUGGCAAAAGAGAAUAAAAGAGCAGCAGCGGCAGCGGCGGCCGCAGCGAGAGAAGCAGGCGAGGUGGCGAGCGUCGCUAAGUCACCAUCAGACAUGUCGUGUGCGAGCUACGAACUGUUUGUCAAUCAGGAGAAAGGCAAUGCGGACGACAACAACAAAGAGAAGAUGAGUAUCCGCAGUGACUCGCUCAGUCAGGGUAGACCGUCCACGGGGCAGAAGGUGCGCAAAGUGAGCGCGGUGGCAUUGAGAAAGACUGCAACUAAAAGCCAGUUUCAUUUUGCUUACCAGGACAGCGAUGCAGAGGCAAGUCUCAGCUUGCCGGGGUCACCGUUCAAUCCACGCCGAGGGUCGCGCGGCUCUCACCAGUUCACGCUGCGCAAUGGGAGAACGAGAUUCAUGGGCGGACCGCCUGGUGGAGAUCGGAAGCCUCUUGUAUUGUCUACGUAUUUGGACGCACAGGAGCAUUUGCCUUAUGCUGACGACUCAAAUGCGGUGACGCCCAUGUCGGAGGAGAACGGCGCAAUCGUUGUGCCGAUGUACUACGCCAACCUGGGCAGUCGCCACUCGUCGUACACGUCACACGCGUCGCGGCUCAGCUAUACGUCACACGCAGACCUGCUGUCCGGGCCUCGCGCGCCAACCAAGGAGAGCAGACUGCGGAGUCGUAGCAGUCGCAACAGCACCAGCACAGUCACGCACCAACCCUACUCCGACAAACACUACAGAGACUUUGAUGCCUCGGUGGAUUUGGAGGAUGGAAUGUCCAAAAGUAAACACCAAGACAAUCCUUUCAUUGAACCCACCCAGCAACAGACUGUCGUAGACAUGAAAGAUGUGAUGGUUUUGAAUGACAUCAUAGAGCAAGCAGCAGGGCGACACAGCAGAGCGAGUGGCGAGCAUGGAGGUACAGUAGCCAUCUACUAUUUCCCGACAGAGGACGACGAGGAAGGCCCGACCAUGAAGGAGAAGCUGAUCAGCAACUGUCUGCGGAUGAUUGACGUUUUCUGCGUGUGGGACUGCUGCUGGCUGUGGCUCAAGUUCCAGGAGUACGUAGCGCUCAUCGUGUUUGACCCGUUCGUCGAACUGUUCAUCACGCUGUGUAUCGUCGUCAACACGCUGUUCAUGGCGUUGGACCACCACGAUAUGAACAAAGAUAUGGAGAAGGCGCUGAAGAGCGGAAACUAUUUCUUCAGCGCAACUUUUGGAAUUGAAGCAGCAAUGAAGCUGAUAGCGAUGAGCCCCAAAUACUACUUCCAAGAGGGCUGGAACAUCUUUGACUUCAUCAUCGUAGCUUUGUCACUGCUCGAGCUGAGUUUAGAGGGGGUCCAGGGAUUGUCAGUUUUACGAUCCUUCAGAUUGCUGAGAGUGUUCAAGCUGGCCAAGUCGUGGCCGACGCUCAACUUGCUCAUCUCCAUCAUGGGCAGGACCGUGGGUGCCUUGGGUAACCUGACCUUUGUGUUGUGCAUUAUCAUCUUCAUCUUUGCCGUCAUGGGCAUGCAGCUAUUUGGCAAGAACUAUGUCGAUCACGUGGACAGGUUUCCUGGAGGAGAACUGCCGAGAUGGAACUUCACAGACUUCAUGCAUUCGUUUAUGAUCGUGUUCCGGGUGUUGUGCGGAGAGUGGAUAGAAUCGAUGUGGGACUGUAUGUAUGUGGGGGACGUCUCCUGCAUUCCGUUCUUCCUGGCAACAGUUGUCAUCGGCAACUUGGUCGUUUUGAACCUUUUCUUGGCCCUGUUGCUGUCCAACUUCGGUUCGUCUUCACUCUCCGCCCCCGCCGCUGACACGGAGACCAACAAGAUCGCAGAAGCGUUUGACCGCAUCGGUCGGUUCAGCACUUGGGUGAAACACAGCAUGCUCAACUUUGCCAAGGUUAUCCGAGCCAAGUUGACCAACCAGAUUGCAGACCAGACAACAGGUGAGGGGCCUGCCCCCAGCUGGAAGCAAGUUUUGUUGCCAGUGGGUGGCGGUCGUGGAGAUCUGGACCUGGACUUGACCACGGAUGAGAUCCUAGCAGACGGGAUGGUCUACAGAGACAAGAAAGAUCAGCUGGAGGUAGCGAUCGGAGACGGGAUGGAGUUUACGAUACAUGGAGACCUUAAACCGAAGAUUUAUAAGGGCAAGAAUCACAUCGGCAACUCCAUCGGCAACCAUCAGGAUAAUCGGUUGGACGCUGAGUACAUUAGGCAUCGGCUGGACGAAGACACCAUCAGCAAUAAAUCAUACGGAAGUCACAAACAUCGACCUUUCAAAGACGAGAGCCACAAAGGAAGUAUAGAAAGUAUUGAUGACCAAGAGGAGAAGAAGGACUCCAGCAAAGAAGACCUGGAACAUGAGCCAGAUGUCGAGGAGGAAGAAUUGGUGAUUGACGCAGGUACAGAGGAAGCCUCGGACUACCCAGCGGACUGUUGCCCAGACGACUGUUACAGAAGGUUCCCGUUCCUGGCUGGUGACGACGACGCUCCCUUCUGGCAGGGCUGGGCCAACCUCCGUCUCAAGACUUUUCAGCUUAUCGAGAAUAAAUACUUUGAGACUGCCGUCAUCACUAUGAUUCUUCUCAGCAGUUUGGCGCUGGCUCUGGAGGAUGUGAACCUACCAUCUCGUCCAAUCCUCCAGGACAUCCUGUAUUACAUGGACAGGAUAUUCACAGUCAUCUUCUUCCUGGAGAUGUUAAUCAAGUGGUUGGCCCUCGGGUUUGCCAAGUACUUUACAAACGCCUGGUGCUGGCUCGACUUUGUUAUUGUCAUGGUGUCCCUCAUAAACUUCGUUGCCUCUUUAUUGGGGGCCGGCGGUAUUCAAGCGUUCAAAACAAUGCGAACGUUACGAGCCCUGAGGCCCCUUAGGGCUAUGUCUCGGAUGCAAGGGAUGCGGGUGGUGGUGAACGCCUUGGUGCAAGCCAUCCCCUCUAUCUUCAACGUGCUUCUCGUCUGUCUCAUCUUCUGGCUCAUCUUCGCCAUCAUGGGAGUCCAACUGUUUGCUGGAAAGUAUUACAAGUGUGUUGACGCCAACGGUACUACACUCAGCCACGAGAUCAUUCCUGACCGGAACGUCUGCAUAGCCGAGAAUUACACAUGGGAAAACUCUCCGAUGAACUUUGACCACGUGGGGAAAGCGUACUUGUGCCUCUUCCAAGUGGCGACGUUCAAAGGAUGGAUUCAGAUCAUGAACGAUGCCAUAGACUCCAGAGAGCUUAACAAGCAGCCCAUACGAGAAACCAACAUUUACAUGUAUCUCUACUUCGUAUUCUUCAUAAUCUUCGGUUCGUUCUUCACUCUCAACCUAUUUAUAGGAGUAAUCAUCGACAACUUCAACGAACAAAAGAAAAAGGCAGGAGGGUCCUUGGAGAUGUUUAUGACAGAGGAUCAGAAGAAGUACUACAACGCCAUGAAGAAGAUGGGCUCCAAGAAACCUCUGAAGGCUAUACCCAGGCCGAGGUGGCGACCGCAAGCCAUCGUGUUUGAGAUUGUCACAGACAAGAAGUUUGACAUGAUCAUCAUGUUGUUCAUCGGCCUCAACAUGUUGACUAUGACGAUGGAUCACUACCAACAGACACAGAUCUUCACAGACGUGCUGGACGCUCUCAACGCGAUAUUCAUCGUCAUAUUCAGCAGCGAGUGUAUCCUCAAGAUAUUCGCCUUGCGCUACUACUACUUCAAAGAGCCCUGGAACCUCUUUGAUUUCGUAGUAGUCAUUCUAUCUAUUUUGGGUUUGAUAUUGAGUGAUCUGAUAGAGAAGUACUUUGUCUCGCCUACGUUGCUGAGGGUCGUCAGAGUGGCCAAAGUGGGGCGAGUACUCAGGCUGGUCAAGGGAGCCAAAGGCAUCAGAACGCUGCUUUUCGCCCUCGCCAUGUCCCUGCCUGCCCUCUUUAACAUCUGCCUUCUUCUCUUUCUCGUCAUGUUUAUCUUUGCUAUAUUCGGAAUGUCUUUCUUUAUGAACGUCAAAGAAAAAAGCGGACUCGACGAUGUCUACAAUUUCAAGACAUUUCCAAAAUCAAUGAUUCUUCUCUUCCAGAUGUCCACCUCAGCGGGCUGGGAUGGAGUUUUGGAUGGGAUAAUCAAUGAGGAAGACUGUGAGGAGCCAAACCCAGAGAUGGGUUCACCUGGAGACUGUGGGUCGUCAACCGUGGGCAUCGCCUUCCUGCUGUCAUACCUGGUCAUCAGCUUCCUGAUCGUCAUCAACAUGUACAUCGCUGUCAUCUUGGAGAACUACUCACAGGCUACAGAGGACGUGCAGGAGGGCUUGACGGACGACGACUACGACAUGUACUACGAGAUCUGGCAGCAGUUCGACCCCGAUGGCACACAGUACAUCCGCUACGACCAACUCUCCGACUUCCUCGAUGUGCUUGAGCCGCCGCUGCAAAUACACAAACCUAACAAAUACAAAAUAGUUUCUAUGGACAUUCCUAUAUGCAAGGGCGACUUGAUGUUCUGCGUGGACAUUCUAGAUGCUCUGACCAAGGAUUUCUUCGCCAGAAAGGGAAAUCCCAUCGAGGAGACGGGCGAGCUAGCCGAGGUGGCGCCGGGACGACCGGACGAGGUCGGCUACGAGCCCGUGUCGUCGACGUUAUGGCGGCAACGCGAGGAGUACUGCGCGCGACUGAUACAGAACGCGUGGAGGAAGCACAAGCAGCAGAGGCAAGGUGGUGCGGACACUCCCAACUCCAACGAUGCCAGAGAGACUGCAGUGCUGGUUGAGAGUGAUGGCUUCGUCACUAAAAACGGACACAGAGUUGUUAUACAUUCCCGGUCUCCUUCGACCACAUCCAGACUAGCAGAUGUCUGAGGAAGGCCACGUCCCCCAUCCUUCGAUGACACCGACUGUAACGAACAAGAUGUCAACUAAAUACUCAACACGAUUAACCUGAUUUCAUUCUCCUGGGUGGGUGGGUGCAUUCUUCUCUGCUUUUCUUUGUCUCCCUAAUAGUCACAAUGUUAAGGUAUGACAUCAUUUAGCAUUAUAAAUAUAUUCAUGGAAAAUAAUCAUUUAUUGUGAAAACGUAAACUUUUGCUUUCCAUUGGAACUUAAUUCACAAUCAAUUUCAUCUUCAUACCCUUGUAGGUAUGAAAAUAUUCCACGCAUGCUUCCUCCAAGGGAUUGGGCAUUGUAAACUGCUCGCCUACAGCUAUAAAUUUAAUUUUUGAAUUUGGAAACAACAUUUCAAAUCCAAACGGGCGUAAUAUUUGACCAAAUACCACUACCAGUAACUUCUGACAGAGAUGAGUGCACCAAACCCAAAAUCCUUCCAUGUAUGUUGCUGGAGCAAUCCCAACUACAUAUCCCUCACAAAAAUAGCAAUAAUCAUUUGCUCACAUUUGAUUCGAGCAAGUCACCUUGACAAAGUCAACUCCUAAGUUUCCGUCCUGAUCGGCAAUAUGCUGCGCUACAAAAGACUCCCUUUCCUCACCCGUCGAAUCGUCAUUUGUCUUCCUUGAGUGACGAAUCGACUUAUUCUUAAAACAAUCGGUUGAGUAAUUUAUCUUGCCAUCUUGUUCGAUAAAUUUGUUUGGCAGUUUUACGAUUUAAGGGCUGUACACUACUAAUAUGUACGUUUUUGCAAUUUUUUUAUUACAAUUUUAGCGGCUUUUAAGAAAAAAGAUUUUAUAUUGAAUAAAUUUUAAAAGUAAGUUACAUUUAAAGUUAGUUGAUGACAAAUUAAAAAUUAUAUUGUUAGAAUAUGAAAGUCUUUUAACAUGUACUACAAAGAAUUGUACUUGUAUAUUUUUACACAUUCAAAUUACGCUGCAUUUGUCUAUUAUUGUGCGCAGAUGCUUUUAUAAUGUUUUAAGUGCCAGUUUUGGGAAUAUGAAUACUUCCUCAUUGAGCAGCCAACGACAAUAAGUAGUUUACCUCCACUGAAUCUAUUUAUGCUCAUGAACAUUCUCAAAUAGUGUAACAUUAAUACGCAAGUUGUUUCAUGUUAUUCAGCAAAUAUUUUACAUUUUCCAUAUUGACAAUUCCUCUAAUGCCAGAGAGAGAGAGGUUACUUUAACUUAAACGUUUGAAAUAAUUGCUGAAAAUUACUUUUGGAAAUGAAACGUUAAUGUUUUCAUUUUUGAUUUUACUUUCAAUUUUGGUUUUAGUGAAAAACAAAACAUAAUAAUUAAUGCAGCUCAAAUAUUACAUUUUUAUAUGAUAACUUAAAAAAUAAAAGUUCAGUUUUAUCUUUAAUUGAAAAAAUAAUAGUAAGAAAUAAAACUCUGAAAUCACGUUUACAUGUGAUACUUGUAUAGGUAGUAUGUGUAGUACCAAAAUUACCUUUACUAAUUAAAUUUUUCAGAUUUUUUUUAGCAGACGUCCAGCAGUUGUUAGAGUUUACCUCUCUCAUAUUUGAUAACAAUUUUGAAUACCAUGUACAUUUUAAAAUUAUAAAUCAGUCUUCAAUAUUUGAAAUAUUUUUAUAUAGCUGUCAUUCAAAAUGAUGCCGCAACUCGUGUUACUACUGCCUUGUAUUUUCAGUAUUGGGCUUGCUACUAUAGAAUAGAUCUAAUGCUUGAUUGUAAGUAUGUACAGAUUCUAUUUAAUAGACUGUAAAAAGUGUGUGAUGAUGAAUUGUAAAUAAUCACUUUAAACAAUGACCUUACCUUGAUUCAGCUAUGUUUUUGCUACAAUUAAUAGAAUCUCAUGUUGGUUGUAAUUUUCCUCAAAUAUUCCAUUAGCUUGAUUUACUUAAGUAAAAAGGACUGGUGAAUGUUAAAGUUUCACUAAAAAAUGUUUUAGAAAUAUUGAUUGUAAAAUAUUUUGAAAGAGAAUAAGUUUACAAUGUACUAAAUGAAAAACUACAAAGGGGUAUAAUUUUAUAAUUUUGAGAGUCUGUGAUAAAGUUUAUAUGGUAAAUUGUGAUUUGAGAAUAUUUCUAUUUAACAAAGUUUGUUUAUGUUUAAGAAUUUUAUUAUACAUAUAUAUCGUGUUAUCCUUUAUUGAAUAAUCUCAGUUUAAAAUAAUCACGCACAUGUUGUGUUUGUUAUUUGAAUAUAAGUUUUUAGUUAAUAUAUUAAAUGUUAUUCGAUUGUUGGCUGAAAUCCAUUUAAGUGCAUACAUGUAAAAGAAUGUGAGUGUGUACAUUGACAUAAACACAAAUGAAACCUUGUCUUCAUAUUAACAGUCACAUUCGAAUAUUGAAAAGGAAGUAUUCAUAUUUUUAUGCUCAGUUUUUAUUAGGAUAUAAUUGUUAGUUGAUAAACUUAAACUGGCCACAGCUCGGAGCAAUGACCUUUUAUUUUCAUCUCCAAUUUUCAAGUAGUUUUAAAAUUCUUAAUUAUAAGUUAUAUAUUUUUUUAAUUUAUUUGCAAAACAUAUAUUUUUUUAUCAGUACUGUUAAAAAACCAACUGUACAUUUUUUAAGGCGAGGGUUUCAUCAAAAUGUCUUCCCUAUUUUGACGAGGGCCUCACCACCGUAUGUUCGGUUCGUCCUGUCUCCCUGGUGAUGAAAGUCAGGGUUCGUUGCUCCUUGCUCAGCCAAUCAGCUUCUGUUCCUAAGUGUCGUGUCCGAAAGCUGUCAAAGACGUUACGGUGGUCCACGGGGUGGGAGUGACGUGCUACACUCAUAGCUUAUUUCACACAUCUCUUUACUCUCGGACGCUACAAGCAGUGAAAGACUCGAGGGGAAGUCUCACCACUUUACUUACUGUAUCCGCGUUGCACACGUAAAUAAUAAUUUAAACAAGAAUAAUUUCAAGAACUCUUAGAAGUGAAUAGUGGAGUUUAGCUUAAGUCGGGUUAGUUAUCACUCUUGGGUUUAUAAAGUUGCAGCAACGACGCAGUCUGUUCGGUGUGCCGGGGCCUGCUCUUCCCUGCCGGUCCCGCACUCACGCAACCAUUGCCUUGUAAUCAUGUUACGUUUUGUCGUUUGCAAUAUUUUGUUUGCCAAUUGAAAUAAAAAAGUUUAAAAGGUUU